UGCUAGCAGGCGCUUCCUGCGGAGGGGCCCCGGGGCCCCAUCUCCUGGGGUCAGGAGGCCCCGGGCUCAGAGUCGUCUUCAGGGGCGCAGGCUGCAGGGCAGGCUGCCGACCGCUGCUCCCGAGCCUGGUGGACCCUCCUCCCUCGUGUCAACGGGACGCUCCCCACCUCGGGGGCCCAGGACGGAGGGACAGGCUUUCCGUCGUUCCUGAGAAAGUGGACAGAGCAGAGCCUGGACCCCGGCGGCCGCUUUCCUGCAUAGAAAGAUACGGCCGGCUCAGGAUUCCCCGGGGGGACCAUGAGCGUUUCAGAAAACUGCAAAUGGGGAAGGGGCGGAGAGAGAAGGACAGAAGAUCUGAAGUGGACUCUGCGCUGACAGCAGAAGCCCAAGCGGGGUGUGAAUUCAUGAACCCUGACGUCAUGACUUGAGCUGACGUUCGAUGUUCAAUCAGCGCCCCCCAGGUCCUCCGUGGACGCAGUUCUGACGACUCUGUUACUCUCGCUUGGAAGCACUGUCACUCGCUCCCGGGGCUCCUGAGAGCCGUCGCUGGACCAGCCGUGACUGGCAUGCAGGGUCAGGCACACAGGUGGCACUUGGGUGUCGUGGGUGAGCCGUGUCCGGACCCAGGACCGGGCACACAGGCUGGAAAAGCUGCUCCCGGAGCUCCUGCAGCUGCUCUGAUGCCUCAGGCCAUUCCAUCGCCUGCACCUCUGCCCUCAGGGUCUCUCCACACGGCCCCCCUUCCCUCCCCACUCGGGAGGCACAGCCCUGCACAGUGCUUUCCGGGCCUGAGGAACGCCGCGCGGCCCCCGGUGCUUUUAGACCCAGAGAACCCCAUUUCUUCCUUGGGGAUCCCUUUGCGCACUCGCCCAGGGGGCUCCUGGCCAGCUGGGUCUCAGCUGCCUCUGUGCUCACAGCUCAGCAAAGGGACCAAAGUCCUGCUUCCAGAGACAGGGGGCAGCGAGGGGCAGACACAGACCGUGAAGAGUGCAGGUGCGGUCCCCAGCGUCAGCCCCCAAGACAGAAUCCCUAGUCACAAACCACCAGGCGGUCCAACACACCGUGUGGCCCCACUGGACGGGAACAGCGUCCAGAAGGCGGUGGACGUGCCCGUGCUCCGGGGCACCUCGAAACAGACAACCAGGGGAGACGCCCGUUCCCUGAACACCGCCAGCUCACAAGCGUGUCCUGUGCAGCCCUGGAUGCGGAGACCCCGCACGGGGGCUGCUUCGGGUCCAGUUCCUGAGCCGGCGGACGACUCACUGGGAGUCCUGGUGACAAACACAGGAGGCUCAGGGGACGGGCGGAAGAGUGUCCUUCCCAAUUCAUGCCCACCUGGACGGCAGAACGGGACCUGACCUGGAAACAGGGGUUUGUGGAUGGAAUUAAGGGAAGGGUCUGAGAUGAAUCCGUGGAAGAUGCAAGACAACAACACAGAGGAGAAGCCACGUGAAGAUGGAGGCAGAGACGGGAGGGACGUGACCAUGAGCGGGGGGCAGCCUGGAGCCCCAGAAGCUGGGAGAGGCAGGAAGGACCCUCCCUGGAGCCUCAGGAGGGAGCACAGCCCUGCCCU